UUCACUCUCGAAAUUUUGAGGCAUUUUGGCAAGUAGCAACCUUUUAACCGGAUCAUUCUCUGCAACGCGUCUUCUCGCUUGCCGGCAACACUACAACAAUGGUGGAAAUCGUAGAAACUGAAGAAACGCCGAGGACUACCACCGCUACCGUCAAGGAAGAAGAAUCACGCCCACUGUUAGAUACUUCAGAGUUAAAACCACGUUCUAAAUCGGUGAGGACUAAGGUCCCGGAGGUGGAGGUCCAUCUUUAUCGGCGCGGAGAGGGUCCGAUCGACAUCUUCAAGUCGAGUUUAGGUGGCUGGGAUCAAGACCAGCUCGAAGUUCGAGAUAUAUUAGACAAGUAUGGGUUGAAAUCGCUGUAUGCUUAUAAUACGCAAUCGGGAAGGGGCGUUCCGAUCCGGUUUAACGGUAGAAAUGGUCGAUCUAUACUACCAUACAAGGAUGGAUCCGUAAUUUUCAUUGACGGAGAGCCCAAGGACUCAUUGAUAAAGCCAAUCACCAGGAUCCUAGUAGGUGUUGCAGUAUUAACUGCAAUGAUUAUACUGGUCAUGAAGGAGACUCCAGGAUGGGCUAAGAAGUUGAAUUUCGCCGGCAUUAACUUCAACGUCCCUCCAUGGGUCCUAGCUUGUGUCGUUAUCGUUUUCACUCGUUUGAGGAAGAGAACCCGGGAUUUCUUCGCCAAACGUCAUUGAUUAUAGUUUUCUUAAAAAAGGUUCUUGAUCAGUACCAUCAUAAUUUUACACAUUUCAUAAGGUGUUUGUUUCUGGACAAUUUUUGUAGUUUUGCUUCAAUGAAUCCUUUUUGUGAUAAUUUG